AUGUGGUCACAACUUAAUGCCACUAUUUUCCACCCAAACACCUUCAUUCUGCUGGGCAUUCCUGGGCUGGAGGAUAUACAUGCCUGGUUGUCUUUACCCUUCUGCUCUUUCUACCUUGUGGCAAUUUUGGGCAAUGUCACCAUCUUAUUAGUGAUAUGGGCUGAACAGACACUCCACAAUCCUAUGUUCUAUUUCCUGGCCCUCCUCUCCACAAUUGACCUGGCACUCUCAACAACCUCUGUGCCCCGCAUGCUUGGCAUCUUCUGGUUUGGGGCCCAUGAGAUCAGCUUUGGAGCCUGUAUGGCCCAAAUGUUCUUCAUCCACAGCUUCACUGGCAUGGAAUCAGGUGUCCUAUUUGGCAUGGCCUUUGAUCGCUAUGUGGCCAUCUGCACGCCUCUUCGCUAUACAACUAUCUUGACAGACCAAGUGUUGACUGGCUUUGGGGUGGUUAUUGUGUUGCUCCCUAUCUUGCUCAUGAUACCUAUCAUGACCCUGGCCUACCACCUGCCCUUCUGCCAAUCUCAUGUCAUUGCACAUUCUUAUUGUGAACAUAUGGGUAUUAUUAAGCUGGCUUGUGCCAACAUUCAUGUUAAUGCCAUCUAUGGCCUCUUUGAUGCUUCCUUUCUUGUCUUGGCUCUCAUCCUUAUUGGUGUUUCCUAUGCCUAUAUUAUCCAUGCAGUCUUUCGCCUUCCUUCCCAUGAUGCCCGACUCAAGGCACUGAACACCUGUGGUUCACACGUAGGAGUUAUGUGUGUCUUCUACAUACCUGCUUUAUUCUCCUUCCUCACUCACCGAUUUGGUCACCGCAUACCCCCGUAUGUUCAUAUUCUUAUUGCCAACCUCUAUAUGAUUAUUCCACCAGCACUCAACCCUGUCAUCUAUGGUGUGAGAACUAAGCAGAUCCGGAAGCGAGUAUUCCAGGCCUUCACUGGCAAACAGAUGCUAGAAACUUCUUAA